UACGUGCCAAUAUGCAACAAAAUAAUGGACUAAACAACAUGAUUGUGUUAAAGUGUGUAUGUUUGUGUUCUAGUUAAAUCCCUGUUUUAAAGAUAUAUAUAAAUGGUCGAGAACUAAACGAUACAAGGUAUUUGAGUUUAAGCCUAUGAUAAUAACAAGAUGAGGUGUAUAUUACUGCUGUUUUGUUCAUUUGUGGUAUUGUCGACUGUUUUUGAAAGCGUCGCUGGAUCUCGUUGUUCGGUUAGAGGUGGAACGUGCAAGUGGGACAGUCUGCCAUGUACUGGUGGAUUCUAUCUGUCUGGCCUCUGUCCUGGAGAUAGAGAUAUAAGAUGCUGCAUUAAUGGCCAUGCUCUUAGAGACUCAAAGUGUGAAAAGAGAAGUGGCAAAUGUCAGCCUGACAACAACAUUUGUUAUGGAGAAUACGUGAGCAGAUUAUGCGAUGGACCGAGGAGUCGGAGAUGUUGCGUUCCUGUCUGAACCAACUAAACAAUAUUUUGUUCUUAUCAUGAUACUUUACUUUUACGUUUCACUUCGCUAAGUAAACAUUUUUAUUUCAUCA